CCCGCCCAGCUUACCCUCUUUGCCCGUGCCAUCCUUGCCCAUCUCCGGCUCUGGCCUGCACUCCGCCUUGCCCUCCAGACAUCAACAGCACAAGGGAAGGAGAACGUCCAACUGUUUGCGAGCGAAAUCCUUGAACUUUUCCAGAGUAAGCGUGUGGGAGUAGAUGAUGUUGAGGAGCUGUUGCUUCAGAUCAUGGAUGAGGAGUUCGACACGCUUGUAGAAGACGAGUCUGCCUUGGCGCUCUCCCGUGCCCUUAUUCUCACAUGGGAAAACCUCACUUCCCCCGAGAUGGAGCCCUCUGUCAAACUAUUAGAAGAGCAGGUAGAACGAGCGGGGCGAACGCGUGUGACAGCACAGGUGCGGGAAGAGGUCGAAGAGGUCGACGGGGAUGACGAUGACGAUGAUGGAGAAGAGGAGGAAGGUGAUGUAGAGAUGCAAUAUGAAGCGCCCAGAUUGGUCGAGAGGAAGGAAAAGCCGGAGCCGGUGGUGGAUGAUGACGGCUUUACUUUGGUC